AUACUUGCAAGUGGUAGAUAGUGCAACCAAUUUAUCAAUUUAUAGAAAUGUUACCGAUAAAGCUCUACGAUCCUGUGUAUGCUUCAGUGUUAGCAGUCGGACUAUUGGCUUUCAACAUCGGCGCAUCGCUUACUUGGUCUUCCCCAGUGGGCCCCAAACUCCGCAACGACACUACUACACCAUUCGACCAACCAAUCACCAUGACCGAAGUCUCUUGGAUGUCCUCCUUGAUGACUCUAGGAGGGGCAGUAGGCUCGCUCAUCUUCGUCCAUCUAGUGAACGCAAUAGGAAGGAGAAAAACCUUGCUCUCCUUAGGAGUCCCACUAUUCAUAGCAUACGUCCUAAUGGCGACAGUACAGAAAGCCGAGGUUUACUACGCUGCCAGGAUCCUCAUAGGCCUAGCUGCAGGUGGAAUUUUCACUGUUGGGCCUCUGUAUUGUGGCGAGAUAUCCAGUAAAGCCAAUAGAGGUAUUUUGAACUCCAUCAUGAGCUGUGGGACCAACCUUGGGGUACUAUUUUCCUACGCUGUGGGACCAUGGAUGGGAGUGGUUGCAUUCAACUGCCUGCUUGGCGUGUUCCCUUUGAUUUUCUUGGCAUGCUUCUUUUUUGUUGGCGAAGAAACGGCACACUUCUACCUCGUGAACAAUAAAGAAGAACUGGGACGACACGCAUUGAAGAAACACAGAAGCGCGAGCGAUAACGUCGAAGAAGAACUUCAGCAAAUUAAGAGAAAGAAAGAAGAGACCCAAGGGAAGGUUCUAUCCACUCUCAAGUCCGGACCAUUCAUCAAAGCCAUGAUUAUAUCCGUUGGGCUACUGAUUGCCCAACAAAUGAGCGGUAUCAACGCUUUUUUGAUGUACAGCCAGAAUAUUUUCUUCAUGGCUGGAUCCAAUUUGGAUCCAGCUAUAUGCUCUAUAAUCGUGGGACUUGUGCAGUUUGGUAGUAACGUUACUUUCACUUUUUUCGUAGAUAGGUUCGGGAGAAAGACAAUCCUCAGAUUCGCGGCCCUCAGUUUGGCCUUGUGUGAAAUACCUUUAGGGGUUUACUGUUACCUUAGUGAUGAAGGAGUUGACGUGAACGCUGUGAGAUUCCUUCCCAUAUUGUUGUUCACUCUAUUCAUAUUGGCUUACAACCACGGCUUUGGACCUUUGCCAUGGAUACUUUUGUCUGAAGUGUUUCCGACAAACGUGAAAACUAUCGCAUUCUCAAUUGCCACUUGCAUCAAUUGGACACUGGCUUUUUUGAUCACGAAAUACUUUUCGACUUUCGUGGAGUCCAUUGGACUUGGGCCGACCUUUUGGUUGUUCGGUGCCAGCUGUAUCGCAGCUCUGAUAUUCAUUCACAUUUUCGUACUUGAAACGAAAGGCAAAACGCUGGAAGAAAUUCAGGACGACCUAGAAAAGUUAGUAUACUGUCAAGCUUCGGAAAUGUGAAUGGGAAAACAUAUUCAUCUCUACUAGAAGUGUUCAAUAGAAUCUCAUGAUAGUUGAUACCAUUCGCAUAACUGUUAUAUGUUUAGAAGACUUCAAAUUUCGAUAUAGUCGUGUAGUUAUUUACUUCUGCAUCCGUUGUGCACUAAGUAUAAGUAUGAACUCAACCAGAAGUAUUAUUUUGUAUUAUAAAAUUCCGAGCUGUCUUUUUUUAAUAGUAGAUUUAGCAUGUACUGCAAGUU